GGAAAAACCGUAAUUCUUUCACUUUCCAGUGUGAGUUAGCAGAGGAAGUUUCUGGAGAUUUAUCCCCGUCAUCGUUGCCCAGUGCAGCUAGAGAAAACUACCAUCAUCUCUUUGUGGAUACCAGCUUGAUAUCAGAGAAAAUGCCAGGACUUGAGGCCACACCAGCUGCUCUUCCUUCUUCCCUUCCGGAAGGGAAUUACACGAUCAUCGGCGUGGACAUCGACACGACGGGGCGGCGCCUCAUCGACGAGAUCGUCCACUUGGCCGCGUACACGCCAGAGCAGGAGUUCUCGCAGUACGUGAUGCCGUACAUGAACCUCAAUCCGGCGGCCAGGCAGCGCCACCAGGUGCGCGUGAUCACCAUCGGCUUCUUCCGCAUGCUGAAGUGCAUGCAGACGUACAGGGUGAUGAAGACCACGCCCGAGUACGCGGCCAUGGUGCGCUUCAUGCAGUGGCUGGAGGAGCAGAAGGACGCCCGGGCGGAGUGCGAGGGGCUGAUCUUGUUGUACCACGAGCAGAGGAAUUUCGUGCCCUACAUGAUCCUCGAGGCCGUCAAGAAAUACGACAUGAUGGAGAGGUUCGAGCGCAGCGUGAAGGGCUUCGCCAACAUGUACAGUCUGGCGGAGAAGGAGUGCGGCGCCACGCUGAAGUACUUCACGCUCAGGGAGCUGUCCAAGGUGAUCCUGAACUCGCAAGAGGACGACAAGAACGAGUUCGAGGGCAGCGCGAAGGUGCGUGCGAAGCUCACGUACGAAGUGGCGCGCGUGCUGGCCAACAAGAGGGAUCAGGUCAAGGUGGAGUCCCAGGAGGGCGACGCGCCGCAGGAGAUCGGCCUGACCGAGAGGACGGAGGCGGAGAAGAGCGCCGUGUUUCACAGCGUGAUCUUGGGCAUGAGCACGAGUGUGGCGGAUAAUGUGCAGGAGCUGAGCGGACAGCAGACGAUCCUGGACAGGCAGAACUCGCUCAGGUCCAUCUUCAUCAACUACUUCAAGACCACGCUGUACCACCGCGUGAAGGGCGUGACGUACCGACGCGUCCUGGCGGAGCAGGGCUACGACAUGGACAAGCUGCAGGACAUCUGGACGCGCGAGAAGCGCGACGGUGUGCAGGCGGCCGUGGAGAAGCUGGAGGAGCUCAAGGAGGAGGACAAGACGGAGCUCACGGAACUCCUCGACUGCCACUUCGAUCCCGACAAGCAGCCCAUCAAGCCGGCAACGAAGAAGCCCAACAAGCGCCGCUUCCAGACGCGCCGCACUCGCAGAAUGUCUCCAGCGCGUUCGAUGCCGCGGCGAAGGAAGAGCAACGGGCACAACGGCGGUCAGCAGCACGGCCAGAAUGGUCUUGAGCAUCACCAGAACAAUCGAGGCAACAACCGCGGCGGGAAUCACAGCCGUGGAACGCCGCAGAAGCAGCGAAUGCAGCAGGACUUCAGCCACGCGGCGCUCGCGGACAGCGUGGCGAUGAAUCAUCACCACGUGGGCCAGAUGGCUUCCUAAGUUGUCCUUCUCGCUGUGUUGCUGUGGACGAAACACUCCCGGACGAACAGAGGAAACGACGCGGAAGAGCGACAAUGCGCAAUGAUAAAGGAUUUUGAUAUCGUGAAGGGAAAAUUCUAGUGUCGAUGAAUUGAUAUUAAUAAUGCGAGUGAUGAA